AUUUUUCGCGUAGCGAUGCAUCUGGGUCAAAUAAACUAAUAUUUUUCUUCACAAAUGUCCUUAUCACUUUAAUUUUUUUAAAUCAAACGCCGUGUGAAAUUUCAAGUGCUCGGUUUUUCUGGUGAAUCGUUAGUUUAUCGAAAUCUACGGUCACGGAUGCAGCAGCCAGCCAACCCGCGGCCUCGAGUCGAUCCAAAUGCGUUGGGAGAAGUUGACCCCACGGAAUAUCCGGAACCGAAAGAGUCCACGCAUAAGAUUAGAGGAAGAUCGGAUAUAUUAGCAUUACUAUUUGGAGAUGAGGAUCACGAAUUGAUCGUAGUAAAAUUGUUCUAUUUCUUUUUCUACUCGGCUUUCGGAUCUUUGUUUCCACUCAUGGGAGUGUACUUCAAACAACUGGGAAUGGAUCCGAGUCAGUGUGGAUUGCUAAUCGGUUGCAGACCUUUCGUGGAGUUUUUAUCGGCGCCUUUUUGGGGCAGUUAUGCUGAUAGGUGGAAAAAAGGAAAAACACUGUUGCUGGCUUCACUAUCUUGUUGGAUUUUAUUCACGUUACCCAUCGGAUAUCUUCAACCUCCUGCUCGCAAUUGCAUCAAACAAUACGGCAAUAAAGUGAAAUUGGAACUUCCUAGCACCACGUUUUUGUUCAACGAUCCCUCAAAAGAUAAGGUUUUACCAACAACAGAUCCGAACGAUACAUCCCCAUCGAGUGUUUCGAUCACGCAAGCAGAUGUUGGAAAAUCACCCCUGAAAGUGAUCGAUACCACAAAUCCGAAUGCAGAAAAUUUAGUUACACCUCUGUACUCAUCUGUCGUUUAUAAAACUGAAGACGUUCAAAAAUCCUUUUUCCUCAUGUUACUUCUAAUUAUAAUCGGCGAAUUCUUCAGUGCUCCGGCCAUUACUCUGGUAGAUUCUGCAGUAAUUACUUUGCUCGGUGAAGAUGCUGAUCGUUACGGUCAUCAGCGUAUGUUCGGAUCCGUUGGCUGGGGUUUAUCGAUGUUCUUUCUGGGUAUCGCUCUGGAUCGAUCGACUGCUUUCACGAAUCACCCUUGCGGUUUGCCCGGCGAAAGAGAAAAAAAUUACCGAACGUGUUUCUUUGCUUUUUCCGUCCUGAUGGGAGGAGCGCUAAUCUCAGCUACUCAAAUAGCAUUCCGUUACGAAGAUCCGCCAGAAACGAACGACGCGCAGAAACAACCUCUUUCCCAAGAUGAAGAUGAUGCUAUGGAGCAAGAAGUUGCCAGACAGUUGAAUUUACCUUCGUUGGCAUCACACACCUCUGGAGGAUCUGGUCAACGAAAACAGCAAAUUCCUCGGAUAGAAGGUGAAGAUGGCCAGACACCACCUAUGGUUGGAAAGACGAAAAUAUUCGCUCAAACUACCAGGGAAAUGCCAGAAUGGAUGACCACCUUGAAACACUUUGGAAAUUUGAAAUACGGGUCAUUUUUAUUCGUGGCAUGGGUCAUGGGUUUUGGAAUCGGAUUAAUAUUCACGUUUCUCUUUUGGCAUUUACAAGAAGCUGGUGGUACUCCUACACUUUUUGGAUUCGCCUCGAUCAUUAACCACAUUUCCGAAAUACUGGCGUAUUUUUGGAGUUUUAAAUUGAUACGAUCCGUUGGCCAUAUCAAAGUUCUCUGUCUGGCUUUAUUUGGUAAUGUACUCAGAUUUUUGUACGUAUCAAUCUUAACGAAACCGUGGCUCGUUUUACCAUUCGAAUUAAUGCAAGGUAUAACCCACGCUGCAGUUUGGGCCGCCUGUUGUUCGUACAUAGCUCACAAUACACCCCCUGAAUUACGAAAUUCAGCUCAGGGUGUACUCCAAGGGAUACAUCAUGGAUUAGGUCGCGGCUGUGGAGCCAUAAUUGGAGGGUUUUUCGUCAGAAGCUACGGUUCUCCAGCAACUUUCCGAGGUUAUGGUAUUUUCUGCGCUCUGGUUCUUGCAGCGUUCAUAUUCAUCAAUUUUUACAGAAAAGAUACUGGAUUUGUCUCAGACUUGCCCAUGAGUGAAGAUCCACAUCAGGUCAUGGAGGAGAGCAUUCAUCUUGCCCCUCAUGGAGUUCCCAGUAACCCAAUACCCCGUGUAUUGUCGAGCUCCAAAUUACCAGAUUUAUCCAACGAAGGCCAAAGUUACGGUACUACUAAUCAUACACCAUCUAAUAAUCUGCAUCCUGAUUCAGGUCGAGGUGCGACAAAUCCAUUUUUACAACAUAAUGAUACAAAUUACCAACACAAUCAAACGUACUCGCAUGAAACAGAAACAAAGAUUUUGGAUAUUGUCAAAAAUUACGACAUCAUGUCGCAAAUGAAUGAUAAAAUGAACGACGAAUGGAUGGAUAAACAACCUCUCACCAGUAUUCAUAUACAACAACCCCAUAAUGUCAUUAAAGCAUAUGACUGGUAAAAAUAGAUCGGAAUCAGCGUUCGAUAUUUUAUCUGCGAUAAUAUCCAACAUUCGUUCGAAUUUUCUCCACAUACAGUUUAAAUUAAACAUAUCAGUAGUUCUAUUUCGUUAUAUUAUUUAAGUUUAUUCCUCAUAGAUACUCGUAUUUAUAAAUUAUUUCAUGUUUGUAAAAAAAAAAGUUAAUCCUUUGCAAACUCGUUAUGCUCUAUGUAAAUAGGUAGGCUAGGUAGAUAUGUACUAAUAAUUUGUAAUGAAAAUUAAAGCAUCAUGCUAAAAAAAAAGUUACCUGUAACCGAAUACGUUUUGUAUCGGGUACAACACAAAUUCAUUUUUAUACAAGUCUGAAUUUUGUAAUAAUAAAAUUCACCUAUCUAAAAUUUUAUUUCAUACAUUUGAGGGGUACGUUCAAAGGGCAACUAUAGUUCCUGAAAUUAACGAGAGGCUGAAACAACAUUAUGGGAAUCGAAUUUGGGUGGUUAAAAUUAAAUUCGGAUGAUUUUAAUAAUUAAAAAAAAUUUAAUAUUGUACCUACAUACGAGCUGAUAAAAAAAUUCAAUUGAACAAAUUUUCUCAAUUUGGACCUAGAUUGUUUUUUAAACGUACCCCUCACUCAAUUUAUUUUUGUAAAUACUUUUAAAACGCCAAUUUAUCAACUUAUCGUCUACCCUUCUUUAGCUAAGUAUUUAACAAUGUUAUGUAUUUUAAAAAACAAAUAAAUUUGUUUGUUCGUU